GAUAUUCAUGAAGCGGCUGAAAGCACGGCAACAGUACCAGAAUCACCCCCUGCAGUUAUCCAUGACGAUUCUGAAGAAGAAGAUGCUGAAGCUCGCAGAAGCAAACUUCGUAAGAGGCGGGCGCGCUUUCGGCUUCGGUCUCAAGGAGAUACCUACGCCCCUGCCAUCAUUUCGAGCUUCCUCCAGCUACGCGGUCUACCCGAAGCAAGCUUCAGCAGUUCAGCUUUCAUUUGCUGUACCGUCGCCGGCCCCAGAACAGCUCAGCAUGUCAUCUACCUCUUUAACGCUUAACACCGGCGUGAGACAGAAGCCCCGCAUGGUUCAGGACGCUUUCACAACCAGCCAGGAUGGUCAUCGCGAGCUGAAUGAGAAGAACGCAGCGCUUUUCUCAGCAUUGUGCCAUUCACACGCUUCAGUCAGCUCCGUUCUAUCCCAGCUUGCGCAGAGCCAACACGGCAAGGCCAUCAGGGAGCGUCUUCUCUCCAAGGUUAGUGAUACCACCGCUGCCAGGUAUCUGCGCUCAGUUCAACUUUUCUUUGUGGCAUAUGAGGAACUGGGUGGCCAGCUGGAGGAAAUCAAUACAGGCCUCUUUCUGGACGCUUUCUUUGCUUUGUCUCGCUCCUCUGAGGAUGGCCCGCUUUCCAAUUCACAGAAUGUCCUCAAGGCCUUACGAUGGUACAAGAAGCUGCUAG